GUCAGCGGAGCUCCGGUCUGCAGGGGCAACAAUGGCGGGUCUCUGUGUCGGGGAGGCAGCGCUGGUCACAGCAGGACGGCGUGGACGGCGGUGGCCGCAGCCACUGUUGCGGAGCGCGGCGCUAUGGACCCUGAAGCAUGUUCCACAUUAUUCAAGACAGCAUUUAGUGGUGUCUCGUAGUCUCUGUUCAGCGGCAUAUGAUUCUAAUGAAAAAACUUUUGAUAAAAUUCUUGUUGCUAAUAGAGGAGAAAUUGCAUGUAGGGUUAUUAAAACUUGCAAGAAGAUGGGCAUUAAGACGGUUGCCAUCCACAGUGAUGUUGAUGCUAGUUCUGUUCACGUGAAAAUGGCGGAUGAGGCGGUCUGUGUUGGCCCAGCUCCCACCAGUAAAAGCUACCUCAACAUGGAUGCCAUCAUGGAAGCCAUUAAGAAAACCGGGGCCCAAGCUGUACAUCCAGGUUAUGGAUUUCUUUCAGAAAAUAAAGAAUUUGCCAAAUGUUUGGCAGCAGAAGAUGUCAUUUUCAUUGGACCUGAUACACAUGCUAUUCAAGCCAUGGGUGACAAGAUUGAAAGCAAAUUAUUAGCUAAGAACGCAAAGGUUAACACAAUCCCUGGCUUUGAUGGAGUGGUCAAGGAUGCAGAUGAAGCUGUCAGAAUUGCAAGGGAAAUUGGCUACCCUGUUAUGAUCAAGGCCUCAGCAGGUGGUGGUGGGAAAGGCAUGCGAAUCGCUUGGGAUGAUGAAGAGACCAGGGAUGGUUUUAGAUUUUCAUCUCAAGAAGCUGCUUCUAGUUUUGGUGAUGAUAGGCUACUAAUAGAAAAAUUUAUUGAUAACCCUCGUCAUAUAGAAGUCCAGGUUUUAGGUGAUAAACAUGGGAAUGCUUUGUGGCUCAAUGAAAGAGAGUGCUCAAUUCAGCGAAGAAAUCAGAAGGUGGUAGAGGAAGCACCAAGCCUUUUUCUGGAUUCUGAGACUCGAAGAGCAAUGGGAGAACAAGCUGUAGCCCUUGCCAAAGCAGUAAAUUAUUCUUCUGCUGGAACCGUAGAAUUCCUUGUGGACUCAAAAAAGAAUUUUUAUUUCUUGGAAAUGAAUACGAGGCUCCAGGUUGAGCAUCCUGUCACAGAAUGCAUUACUGGCCUGGACCUAGUCCAAGAAAUGAUCCGUGUUGCCAAGGGUUACCCUCUCAGGCACAAACAAGCUGAUAUUCCCAUCAACGGCUGGGCAGUUGAAUGUCGGGUUUAUGCCGAGGACCCCUACAAGUCUUUUGGUUUACCGUCUAUUGGGAGAUUGUCUCAGUACCAAGAACCACUGCAUCUACCUGGUGUCCGGGUUGAUAGUGGCAUCCAACCAGGAAGUGAUAUUAGCAUUUAUUAUGAUCCAAUGAUUUCAAAAUUAAUCACAUAUGGUUCUGAUAGAAGGGAAGCACUGAAAAGAAUGGAAGAUGCACUGGAUAAUUAUGUUAUUCGAGGUGUUACACAUAAUAUUGCAUUACUUCGAGAGGUGAUAAUCAACUCACGCUUUGUAAAAGGAGACAUCAACACUAAAUUUCUUUCUGAUGUGUAUCCUGAUGGCUUUAAAGGACACCAGUUAACAGAGAAUGAGAGAAACCAGUUAUUGGCAAUAGCUUCAUCCUUGUUUGUGGCAUCCCAAUUAAGAGCACAUCAUUUUCAAGAAGAUGAAAAUUCAAGAGUGCCUAUUGUAAAACCACAAGUGGCCAACUGGGAGCUCUCAGUAAAAUUGCAUGAUGAAGUUUAUACUGUCGUAGCAUCCAACAGUGGGCCAACAUUCUCUGUGGAAGUUGAUGAGUCGAAACUAAAUGUGACCGGCGCGUGGAACCUGGCUUCACCCUUAUUGUCUGUCAACGUUGAUGGCACGCAGAGGAUGAUACAGUGUCUUUCUCGAGAAGCAGGUGGCAACAUGAGCAUUCAGUUUCUUGGUACCGUGUACAAGGUGCAUAUCCUAACCAAACUUGCCGCAGAAUUGAACAAAUUUAUGCUGGAAAAAGCGGCUGAGGACACAAGCAGUAUUCUGCGCUCCCCAAUGCCUGGCAUGGUGGUGGCCGUCUCUGUCAAGCCUGGGGACCUGGUAGCAGAAGGUCAGGAAAUUUGUGUGAUUGAAGCCAUGAAGAUGCAGAACAGUAUGACAGCUGGGAAAACUGGCAAGGUGAAAUCGGUGCAUUGUAAAGCUGGAGACACAGUUGGAGAAGGAGAUCUGCUAGUGGAACUGGAAUGAAGUAUUUAUAGCCUUUCAGUCAUCACCCGAUUUAAUUAGCCAUUCGUAUUAUUGUUAUUUCACACUCAAUUUAUUCAAGCGUUUUGCAGGAACACCCCUGUGUAGCAGAUUUUACAUGGUCAUAUUUAUUCCACAUAUAGUCAAGACCAACAUUCUGCCAAAAAAUCACCAAUGGAAAUUUUUACUGAUAUAUAAAUACUUGUACAUAAGAUUUGUACUUCUGGGCUUCCCUGGCAGCGCAGUGGUUGAGAGUCUGCCUGCCGAUGCAGGGGACGCAGGUUCGUGCCCCAGUCUGGGAAGGUCCCACAUGCCGCGGAGCGUCUGGGCCCGUGAGCCAUGGCCACUGAGCCUGCGCGUCCGGAGCCUGUGCUCCGCAGCGGGAGAGGCCACAACAGUGAGAGGCCCGCAUACCGCAAAAAAAACCAAAAAAAAAAAGAUUUGUACUUCUGCUGUGAGAUUUCCUAGUGUCAAAAUUAAAUCAAUAAAACUGAACAUUUGUCUAAAUAUUAGUUUGCCCUUUUUUUGAAUGAAGACAAUAUACAUAAGAGGCUAUGGGCUGUGCCAGUAGACUUUAAAUACUAGUGUUUCAUCAGGAUCCUUUUUAAAAAUUUAUAUAAAUCCCAGUUCUUGGCCCUCAGUUUCGUUGUUAGCAUUUGCCACUUUGUAACCUGAUUACCUGCUUCAUCCUGCUUGAGGACCUAACUCCUGCUUCUGGUCGUUCAUAACCUCCCGAAGCCCAGACAGCGCAGAUGAUGGUCCUGGAAAUCCCUCCUGUGUGGCUCUAACGAUGCAGUUACAGAUCACAGUCUACCGUUAAGUUGAAGAGCGAGUGAGCUCUCCCAGUGGAGAACGAGCUUAACUCGGAACCAGCCGCUGCGUUUUCACCUGGCUCUGAAAUUCGCAGAAUACAUUUCGUACUUUGCUGGUUCUAGAGGGUGACACCGCCUCCCUGUGACUCAGCCCAGCGACCGACCAUGUCUCCAGUGAGAGAGAAGCCGCCAGCCUUCAGCAGGACAGAGACGGGAUGGGAGCUCUCGUAGUGACUGACAGCAGAGGAAGGGCAGAUCGGAGUGGUGAGGCUUAAGCAGCGGCUGCCCAGGUAUGCAAGUCAAGCUGUGAAUGAGGAGAGCCUGGACUCGGAGGUGCAGGGGCCGAGGAGGCGGCAGGCCCACUGCUGCUGCGGGAGGGCGUGCCUGGGAGGAUGGAGAGAUGGAGCGGGGGGCCUAGGGCGGGCGGGAGCCCAGCCAGCCCCGCCUUCCCUCUCCCACACUUGCAUCCGCCUUCCAGCAUGUUCUGGCAGUAACAACUCCAGGUCAAAGUGGGAUGCACGGCUCCCACCCUCGCCGGGACCGUCCCCCAAAACCCUGGUGGGCCCGCUGCCUGGUCCCUCCGGCCUGUCCCCGUGCAGCCCCCAGGGGCCUGGCCGCACACUCUCCAGGGCUCAGCCUGUUGGGGCCUGUGGCCGUGAGCCCUUGCCUCCCUUUCCAGGUGACACCCUCCCUGAGCGGCACCCACCACAGCUCUCCGUCACCCUGGUUGGCUCUCUUCGUGGCGCAUGUUCUCUAAACCACUGCUUGCCUUGUUCGCUACCAGAACGUGAAGAGUUGAGAGCUCAGCGAAACAGCCCAGUCCCUCAAGGCCGAGUCUCGGGUUGGUGAGGACUGAGGCCACACAGCUGGGCCGGGGCCAGACCAGUUGACACUGGAGGUAUCACAUUGCUCGUCACUCCUGAUCGCUGGUGCUCUCGUGUCCCCGCCCUUUGAUUAGAUUUUAAAGCAACACGUGUCCGUAAGAUAAAGUCAAAUAACUUCACAAGGAAACUAAAAUCCCUACCCAUUCCCACUCUCUUGAAGAGACCUGUUUAAGCCCCUGAACUGUUGUUGCAUUUGGUAUUUGUCUCCACGUUGUUGGUUAUACCGCUGCUUCCCGAUGUUUUAAAUUGUCUGCCUUCCUACCCAAAGCAGAUGAGCACAGUGGUUUAAAGCACAGACUUUAGAACCAACUUCCCUGGGUUGAAAUCCUGGCUCUGCCACUUAUUAGCUGUGUGACUUUAGGCAAACAACUUAACCUCUCUGUGCCCCGGCUUCCUGGACUGUCAGAGGAGGCAGACAGCCACCUGCCUGGAGGACUGCUGUGGUGGUGCAGGAGUUGACACCCGGGGCUGGUCCCGCCCACUCGGUAAGGCUGCGUCAGACGUUCCUGCUAUAGAGCCUGGCGCCUGCCUCUCGCCCCACAUUCCUCCAAUAGGCUCACAUCACAAUUUUUGGUCAAAUCCAUAUUCAGUUCAGCAUUAAGACUAUGUAGACACUGUUCUCAGAUAAGGCACAUAGUGUACUAUGAUUAAUUUCCUUUCUUGGACUUCUGGUUUUUUUUGGAAUUGAAAAUUACUUCGGCCUUUUUUCCUUUUUUGCGCUUUGCUCCAGUUCCUCUGACAGCCUCCGGCCUCAUGUUUUCUGAAGGCACCUGAGGAACCCUUUCGGCCCUGACCCCCCGCGGCUUCCAUUCCUCCCGGGAGCUGUGGCUCCCGGCGGCCUCCCUGCUCCAGCCUGGUCUGCAGUGCAUCCCACGCUUCUCCCAGAGCCCUGUCCCUGCGUCCCACGGCCCCUUCUUGGUUGACUCCCUCAUUUUACUGAAGCUUGUUCUUUCCCAACCUCACUUAACAGUGUAACUAGGUGAGAUUUUCUCACUGCUUUCUUCCAGAAUUUUGAAGUCGUUUCUUCCUUGUCUUCUGAUGCUCCCGUUCAUGCUGAGACAUCCAGGGCCAUUGGGACCCACAACCACUUGUACGGGACUCAGGUUCUUCUCUGGAGGCUCCUAGGGGCUUCUUUUCGCCCUUGGAUUGUGAGGUUCUAUAAUAAGGAGUCUCCAUGUGGGAUUUUUUCAUUCAUUGUGCCAGAAACUUCCAUCUGAAGACUCAUUAUCUUGGGUCCUAGGAAUUUUCUUCCCUCUCCUUCCUUCCUGUUCUCUUUCUGGGUCUCCAGAACUCAGAUGUUGCAUAUCCUGGAUUAAUCUCCCAUUUUUCUUUUUGUAGUCUAUUAUCUUCCAGCACUUCUAUUAUUUUGAAAAAUAUUUUUGCCACCAUAUUUAUUUCCAAGAUCUUUUUCCUGUUCCCUCAUUUCGUCAGCAUCCAGUUCUUUCUCAGCAUAAUCCCAUCUCUCCUCAUCAUGAAUUUGGAGGGGUUUUAAGUUUAUCUUUCCCAGUAUUGCCUCUACUUCUCCUAAAUUCCUCUCUUCUCCUUGUUUUAUGUUUAAGAGGUUUUCUUCAAGCAUCUCAGUAUCCUUGGCUGGCCUUUCACGUGGAAAGUGGGACACCAUGCAGGAAGCUGUGUGUGAGGGGGAGCCUGUCGACUGGCCGGCCUGGCGUGAGGGCUGGAUAAUGGAAUCCACAGGAAUGUGGACUCCUCUCCCUCCCCGUCUUUCUUUAGGGUGCCCCUCGCCUGCACCCUUGGCUGGGCCUGGUCCUCCCGACACCAGACUUCCCGCUAAGCUUCUCCCGACAGUAACCCACCCUUGCCCUGCUGGGCAGAGGGACGGUCGGGGUCUCUGCUUCCCGCUCAAACGGCCCCCUCCUCCUUUUCCACCCCUCACCCCGCCCUCACACGACUACAGGGCAGCAGUGGGAGCUUCCCUGGCGUCCGGGGCGCUGCUGGCGGGCUUCCCAGCAGGGAUUUAGGUUUCCGGUGUCUCGAGGCUGCUGAGUCAGCCAGCACUCAUCUCUCUAUCUAUCUUCCAGAAUCUCGUUGCCCUCUCCCAUCUGUUGUCUUCAUGGGUCACGGGGAGUGGCCUUUAGGGACAGAGCGGGGAUAAAGGAGCCUGUUCCUCGCACCACUGCACCACCGGGCCUUCCCUCACGGGGCCCCGGCUCGGCCACUGUGUUCUUCUGGAGGCUCGACGUGGGACAGGAAGCAGCAGUGCCUCAGGAGCUGCUUGCUUAGACGGGUGGUGAGAAGAGUUCACUAGGGUACCGGAGACGGGAGUGUGUCGCCAAGAGAAAGCCAGUAAUGUAGCAACUCUGGGGACCAGAGAGGCUGGUGACGGCCAGUUUACACUCCCACCUACAGUGCACAAGGGUUCCAAUUUCUCCACAUCCCCACUGGUACUUAUUUCCUCCCUUCCUCCCUUCUCUCUCUCUUUUUUUAUAGUGGCCAUCCUAAAGGGUGUGGGGUGGUAUUUCACUGUGGGUUUUUUUUAAUUUUUUUAUUGGAGUAUAGUUGAUUUACAAUGUUGUGUUAGUUUCAGGUGUACAGCAAAGUGAUUCAGUUAUACAUAUUCAUAUAUUCAUUCUUUUUCAGAUUCUUUACCCAUAUUGGUUAUUACAGAAUAUUGAGGAGUUCCCUGUGCUAUACAGCUGCAGGCUGAGCCCUCCUCUCCUCCACGAAAAAGGAGAGGUGCCAGUGCAAUCCAGCUCCGCCCAGAUCUUCGGGGAAGACACAGCCCAGCAGAAACUGGCUGAAGUGCAGUUUGUUAUUUUCACCUAUUGCCCUGGGAGAAGGGAAGAAACUUUGUCGUUAUGGGGACUGUCGACGGAUCUCCGAGAACUCGCCAAUCCUCCAGCAGCCCCACAAGCUUCUACCCAGGGGAGCUUCACAGAAGUCCAUUUCCAGAGACAACGUGAAUCACCCUGGAGUCAAGUUCCAGCCUGUGUGGCACUGCACUUCCCGGCUGGGUGAAAACCCCUUCCUCAGCCAGGCCCUCAGGAAGAAAACGUCCCCAGGACAUCAAGCAAGAACCUGCAAGGCCUGCUGACCAUGCCUGUCUCUACUGUUCUCCCCAAAUGACCCUCCCAGUUAAAGACUCACAACCACUUCACCUGCCAGCAUCACUUGACCCCAUUAGAUCCCUUUGGCUUGCCUGCAUCUUUGGUUCUGUUUGUUAUAGGCAUUUCCAUUUCACAUAAUAGAUCUUUGUUUUGCUAGACUCCUGUCCAAGUUUUCUGUUUAUGUUUUAGUGUGGUCCUGGGACAGAGUGUCCUAAAGUACAACGAAGUUAUUUUCUAAAGAACCAGGAAAUGUGAUCUAGCAAGACUGAUGUGUAUGUGGAGAAAUCUUUGAUAUCCAGAAUAUCUCCACGGCCCAGACUGCACCCCUUCCCCAUCUCCUCCAGGGCUCGGCAUCGUGGGGGUCAUUUCAUCCCAAGCACACACCCCCAGACCCCAUCAGUCACGCACGGUCUCAUCUACCCAGUCCCAAGAAACAGUCCUCUCUUUCCUCCCUGACUUUCGACUCCACACUCAUUGGUGAGCCCUUGGCUAUACUCACCUAUGUCUCAUUAAAUGU